ACUCAACGCAGGCAACCCGCAGCCUCGCGCCCUCACCCCAUCGUAUUCGCCCUGCUAUGUCGCGCUGAUAGCUCGAUUCUUCCACCUGCCUCAAUUCCCACCCCGACACAGCUCGCCAUGGCUGCAACACAGGCGAACGGCGCGAACGGCGUGAAUGGCGCAGGCACAAUGUUUCCUCCACCGCGUUUCUCGGACCUCCCCAGCAACCUCAACAUCCCGACGCUGGAUGAAGGCCAAGACGCCGAGAUUGACAUCUCGCUCGACGAGGACAUUGAGGGCGAUCCUACGGACUUGGUCACGCUGCUGCAGAACGAGAACAGUCCCACACCGACAUGGGUCACGGUCGCGGUUGCUUACGCGAAGCACAAGAAGGUCGACCACGCCAUCGAUGUGCUGAGUCAGGCCGUCAGCGUGUUUGAGCGGGCGCGCGUCGAGGACAAGCUCAGCAUCCUGAACGGGCUCUGCUGGCUGUAUCUGCUCAAGUGUCGCGAAGCACCGCGUCUCAAGCAAGACGAGCAGCCGGACGCGAAGACCAAGGACCACUACCUCCAAGCAGCCACGGGCGUGCUCAACGAUGCCUUGCGCCUCAACCCGUCGCACCCCCCGCUCUUCCUCGCCCGUGGCGUGCUUUUCCUGCUCAAGGCUUCGCUGCAGGCGCCCUCGACUACCGCCGGCCCAAGCGCCGUCAGCACAACCCGCAUGGACACGUUGAAGCAGGCCGCACGCUACUUUGAAGACGCACUGCGAGCGUCUGGCGGAAAGAAUCUCCUGGCUAGGAUGGGCAAGGCGCGCGUCAACUAUUCCAUGGCCAAAUACGCGGAUGCUUUGAAGGUGUACCAGAGCGUUUUGGAGAGUUCCCCGGACUUGAUCGACCCAGACCCGCGAAUUGGAAUUGGCUGCUGCUUCUGGCAGCUCGGCUUCAAGGAUGAUGCUGCUAGUGCAUGGCAGAGGUCGCUCGAUUUGAAUCCAGACUCGAAGAUUGCCCUCGUCUUGAUGGGCGUCUACAACUACCACCUUACCGCGCAACUACCGCCCUCCGACCCAGCGUUUGCCAACCUGUCCAAAAAGGCUGUCAGCGAGUAUUUCGUACCUGCCCUGAAGAAGGACGGCCAGUUUCCUCUGACAUGCGCAGCUCUCGGCAGCUGGUUUGUCAUGAGGAAGGACUUCCCCAAAGUCGAGAAAAUCUCCCGACGUGCUAUUGAGCUGACUGACAUCAAUGCGAUCGCCAGCGACGGAUGGUACCAGCUAGCCAGGAAAGAGCACCAGCAGGAGAAUAUAGCGAAAGCCGCCGAGUUCUACGCGAAGUCUGACGGUGCCCGCGGAGGUGACGAGCGCGGCUACAUACCCGCAAAGUUCGGAUCGGCCCAGAUGAACGUCCUCAUGUCCAACUACGACGGAGCAAAAUUUCGCCUGGAAAAGAUUCUCCAACAACAACCUACAUUGGAGGCGCAGACUCUUCUCGGCACGCUCUACGCGGAGGACGUAUUUGCUGCUCAAACCAACAAGUCUACUGACGACAAGUCGGCUGAACUGAAGAAAGCCCUGAAAUACCUCGAAGACGUUCAGAAGGCAUGGAAGGACCCCAAAAGAAAAGCCACACCUGAUCAGUCUGUGCUGUUGAACUUGGCAAGACUCUACGAAGCUGAUCAUCCUGACAAGAGCUUGAAGUGCCUUGAAGAGGUUGAGCAGAUGGAGCUGGAUGCUAUCCCAGAGGAGGAUUACCCCGAGGAUAUCGAGGACGAGGUCGAGCUCAAGACGGCAUUACGUGAAUUGUUGCCACCCCAACUGCUCAACAAUAUGGGAUGCUUCCAUUACCAGGCAGAACGCUUUGUUCGGGCACGAGAACUCUUCCAGGCGGCGCUCAACGCGUGUGUCCAGGCAGCGUCUCGCGAUGAAACAAUCGACACGGAUGCUCUCGUCACCUCCAUCAGCUACAAUCUCGGCCGCACCUACGAGUCGGAGGGUAUGCUCGAAGAGGCCAACAACGUGUACAAGGGUCUCCUGAAAAGGCACGCCGAUUACGUCGAUGCUCGUAUCCGCCUCACGUACAUUUCUUUGCGCCAGAACCCCACCGACGAAGGUCCGAAAGCGAUGAAGCAGCUGUUCAAGGAGAACGAAGACAACGUCGAGGUUCGUGCCCUGUAUGGGUGGUAUCUGAAUAAGUCCAAGAAGAAGGGUCUGGACUUUGCGACGGAUGUCGAGCAACGUCUGUACAAGCACACGCUUCAGCAAUUCGACAAGCACGAUCGCUACUCGCUUAUGGGCAUGGGCAAUAUCCUAUUGACGAUUGCCCGUGAGCUACCUAAGAACUCUGAGCAAGAGAAAGAGAAGCGUCGGAAACAGUACGAGAAGGCCGUCGAGUUUUUCGACAAGGUUCUCCAGCUUGACCCGAAGAACGCCUAUGCUGCGCAGGGUAUCGCUAUUGCCUUAGUCGAAGACAAGAAGGAUUUCUCCACGGCACUGCAGAUCUUCACAAAAGUGAAGGAGACGCUCAAGGAUUACAGCGUCUACGUCAAUUUGGGCCACACCUACAGCGAGAUCAAGCAGUACGCUCGGGCGAUCGAAAACUACGAAGCAGCACUCUCGAAAAACCGCCAACAAGACCCCCGAAUCCUCUCCUGUCUCGGCCGCACAUGGUACCUCCGCGCGCGCCACGAGCGCAGCAUAUCCGCCUUCCGCACCGCGCUCGACUACUCCAAGCAAGCGCUAAAAAUCAUCCCAACCGACCUCUCCUACCAAUUCAACGUAGCAUUCAUCCAAUUCCAAAUCGCGCAGCAAAUCCACUCACUCCCGGAAUCCCAACGCACACUAGAAGAAGUCGACGACGCCGCCCUCGGCCUAACCGCAGCAAUCACCUCCCUCGAGCAAAUCGCCAAAGCGGAAUUCCCCCCCUUCCCCAAAGCAGAUAUCAUCUCCCGUGCGAAUAUGGGCAGGAAUACAAUGGCAAAGCAACUCGACCGCCACCGCGAAAAACAAGCUGCCUAUGAGGAUGAAAAUGCGUCGAAACUCGACCAGGCGCGUAAGCUGCGCGACGCCGAAAUGCGCCGUCGCGACGAGGAGAAGAAACGCAGCGAAGCCGCGGCUUUGGAACGCAAGCGCUUGAUCCUCGAAGAACAGGUGCGCGUCGCCGAGCGCGAUAGGCGGCUCAUGGAGCAGCGCGGCGACGAGGAGCGGCGCCGACUAGACGAGGACGAGGAUAAAGAGACGAGGAAAGCGGAGCGACGUGCGCGCGGGGCCGCGAAAGGUGGGAAGCGCAAGAAGAAGGAUAGCAAUGCGGAGUCGGACUCUGAUGCUGGGCUGUCGAGCGAUGGCGAGGAGCCGCGGUCGCGGAGGAGGAGGACGAGUACGGAGGGGGAGGGCGUGUCGGAUGAUGAACGCCCAAGGGAGAAGAAGAAACGUAAGCUUGUUAAGAAGGGGGAGCCCGUGGGCAAGUAUAAGAGUGCGCAGUUUGUGGAUGAUGAUGAGGAUAGUGAGGUGGAUGGGGAGGGGGAUGCUGGGGAGGGGGUUAGUGCGCCGCGGGCGAGGAAGGGGCGUGUUGUGGAUGAUGAGGAGGAGGAGGAUGGGGAGGGUGAGGCGGAGGGGAAGGCGAAUGUGGAUGUGCGUAUGGAUGAGGAUGAUGAGGAUGAGUAGGGGUGUAGUUUUUCGUCAGUUUUUUGGCUGAGGGCUUGUGUCGCAUUGCGAUGGGCGUUUUUGGCGCGAGGUUCUUGCUUUGCAUUAGCAGCUAUCUAGCUAUCUGGCGGACUUGUAAAUUGUAGGUAUAUCAACCAACCAACCAGUCAAUCAAGUGGUCUAGUCGGU